UUUAAACUUUUCAAUCCCUUCCCGCCUAUCCCUUAUUCGUAAGUCACUAUGAAUCUUUUUGUGCUUACGACAGGUUAUCCUUCAGAUUUCUUUUACCGUUGACGUUUUGGAUGCCAUAGAUCAAGUAACCAAUUCAGUACAGCUGAUGUGCUUCUUGUUUACACCAGAAAACCAUUUGUCCUCUGAUGCAAAUUGAGUCAUUAAUUACACCAGCACGUUGAUGCAAAUUACGUUUUCUUGAUCACUGGGCAUCUUGUAUGCAUGUGCUUGACUCUCGAGUUCAUGAUGGUUCGACAGUCGAAUUAUAAAAUAACCACUAAGUGGACUUUGGACAUAAACAAUCAGGUCUUCUCAAGGUCAUGCAAUAUUAUCUGUAAGACAUGGGUAAGGCCAUGCCAAGAUCACCUAGCCCGAAUGCAUCCACUGUAGAUGAUUACUCGAACAGACCCCUAUUUUCAAUUAACUACACUUCAAACUAAUGCAUGACAAAGCUUUGACUGUCCAGUCCAACCGAAUUAAGAUAUCAUCGAGAUCGCCAGACUUGUGGUCCAUCUUAACUCGUGCUUGUGACUAUGAUUGCAGGUAAAGCACGGGAGGGUGAUUAGGGGAGCAGGGAAAGUCUUUAAAGCAAAUCCAGACACCAUGAUUCUCCAUCCUUAAUGGAAACACCAUGAUUGCUUCGUUAGUCAAAAGCCCUUUUGGCACGUGUUUAAGAGCAUUCCCAGUUUCUGAAUUGAUUAUAUCCGGUGAAAUCUGAAUGAAGAGGACGAAGAUUGUAGCUCACCUCUCUCAGAACUCAGAAGCUCUGCUUCUGGCCUUUGCAAGUUUCUUCCUUCUGAGGAGAAAGUUUCUCUGUCUCUGUUCCAGGACCAUCUUCUUCUUCUUCUUCUUCUUUUCAUUCGUUUCCUGGGAAGGAAGAUCUCAACCGGUAGCCAAAGUUUGGAGACAAUUUUGGCAGAUAAUUAUCAUUUCAGACUCUCUGCCCAUCUGCAUAACCGAUCUGUUCCUUUCAGCCUGAAGCAUGUAGAAAUUACGUUAUUUUUGCUGCUUUCUUUUUGUAGAUGCCAGUAUAGUCCCCACAUUAUUAUCCAUCGUUGCUUCCUUUUUUCCUUCUCUUCCAGGAUGAGAAAACUUGCAGAGAAGCAAAUUUGUGCCCUCCUUCCCGUCAAAACAUCAAAAUUCAACAUUAGAGUGAUGGUUGCUUCUUUAGUUUUUGCCGGUUUUACGAGUUCUGGUUUCCUUCCUCUUCCAGUCAAGAUUCCACUCCUGGCACUCUCAGCCGUUUUCUUUGUCGCGUCUUUCCUGAAGAAGAAGAAAGCUGUGGACCAAAGUGCUGCCCGACAUGAAAAUCUGGCGCUUCACCACAUAGGUAUGGUUGACAGGCACUUCCAACAACAAACCCAACAGGUAGCAGAAUCGGAUGGAGAAGGAAGUGCUUCCCAGAUGGUUAAAUUAAGGGAAGAAUCGCUUAAUUUUCCAGCAGGCGGUGAAAGUAGUGAUGAAUUGAUAGAAAGUGGAACUUUCGAGCCAAAUUUCAUCAGUUCUAAUAACAGAAGUUGCGGCCCACUGGUCUGUUCAAGCGAGGACGAUGAUGAUGAUGACGGCAGCCUCAUUGAGAUCUCUCUACCAGGUAACGUUUGCUCGGAUGAUAUCUCAACAAGGUUCGUUGUGGAGAAGCAGGAAGCGACAGAGAUUUUGACAGAUGAUGAAAUCAAUGAGGAAGACAGCUUAUUAGAACUAGACAUAUCCAUGGGAUCCAUCAGAUGCUCGAAGUUUUGAGAUUUGAGGCAUAGUCCAUGCAAAUAUGAUCAAAUAUGUAAUCUCCCGACCAAUCCUCCAUUUCUCGAAAUAACAGUACAAAUAUGCUCGAUUUUACA